AUGGUGGAGCUUAUGGAUCAGAGGGUGAUGGAUUUUCUGGUUCUUGUUUCGGAUGACUCGGAUUUUGAGGGGGUUUUGAAGGAGGCGAGGGAUAGGUGUUUAAAGACUGUUGUCGUGGGUGAUGUCAGGGAGGGGUGUUUAAAGAGGACUGCCGAUAGCUUGUUUUCUUGGGAGGAGAUCUUGAUUGGGAAGGCGAGGAAGCAAGCGGUCUCAGUUGUGGCGAAGUGGAAGGAUAUUAGCGGGAAGGGGGUGAUUGGUGGGAAAUGGAGUCUGAGUGGUGGUGGUGGUGGUGGUGGUGGUGGUGGUGAUGAUGAUGAUGAGAUUAUUGAACUCUCAGACAGAUUUCGAAUGGUCCGUUACAGAAAGAACUAUACGGCAUUUGCUACAAUAGCUUUGGCUCCAUUUGCCUUUUUCCUUGACAGGAAACAAACUGGUGGGAUGACAUAUGGCCUUAUGUGGAAGGUUUUCUUGCUUUCCUUGUUUGGGAUCAGUUUGAGUCUCAAUCUCUAUUCCUAUGCAAUAAAUUAUGUCUCUGCAACUUUUGCCUCAGCCAGCAUUAACACAAUCCCUGCCCUUACUUUUGUCAUUGCUGUUGCUUUCAGGAUUGAAAGUUUUUCAGUGAGGGAUAUUCCAGGGAUGCUCAAGAUUGUGGGCUCGGUGAUUAGCCUUUCAGGGUCCAUGGUUUUUGCUUUUGUUAAAGGGCCGGAAGUGAAUUUAUUGGGCUUGUCUAGCGGCGUCCAAGAGAAGAAGCCCAAUAGUCAUUUAGGAUUGGACAAGGAGAAAUGGGUACAAGGUUGUCUGCUCAUGUUGUUAGCCAACAUUGCUUGGGCCGGCUGGCUUGUCAUGCUGGGACCUGUGGUGAAGCAAUAUCCAGCAAAAUUUCGACUCACAAUGCUGCAGUGUUUGUUUAGCUGUAUUCAAUCUUCAAUUUGGGCAGUGGCUAUUGACAGGGACUUCUCUUCAUGGAUACUUCAUUGGGAUUUCAAUCUCUUUACUCUCAUUUAUUGCGGUGUAUUAGUAACUGGAAUAUGUUACUGGCUGCAAUUAUGGGCUGUGGAGAAAAAAGGGCCUCUUUUUGCUGCUACUUUUACCCCAUUGAUUCUCAUUUUUACUGCUAUCCUCUCAGCAGUAAUUUGGAAGGAGAUGCUCUACUUGGGAAGUAUUUGUGGAGGAUUUUUGCUGGUUGGAGGCUUGUACUUUGUUAUAUGGGGAAAAAAUAAAGAGGCUGCUGAAAGAGAAGCUAAUAAUGAGGCCAAAAGUGAGGAAACCAAUAAUGUGUAG